CAGUCGGGUCUUCAACUCCGGACCGCGAGCAACGGCACGAUUCGCGCCGCCGUCCGCGUCGCGACGACGCACCCACCCGACGACGGAACCACCCCUCCUCGGUAUAUAUCGCUCGUGAUUGCGCCGACCUAUCCCACUGCACGUCGGAGAAGAGGGCGAAGUAGGAUCACGUACGAAAUUCCGGGGGCGUACCACCGGAUCUCGCCCGUAAACAGGAUCUCGUAAUCUCGCACUCGUCAGCGGAAGUUAGAAAAUAUCCGGACCGUGCAAAGUAGCGAGGCGAUCCAUUUCCGAGUGACGUCGAAGCCGUUGGCCGCGGCGACGUGAGAGCCAUCCACCGCCGCCGCCGCCGCCCGUUUCAAGUGCGCGUAAUUAAUCGCGGAACUUAAUCGAGUGCCGAAUUAAUCGCGACGGAUUUACGGGCCACGUUGUGUGACAGUGACAUUAGCCGCGCGAUUAUGAAACGCCGUCGCCGAAGCAAGUGAUUUAGUAACAACGAGGAGGCGAGAGACCCGCUUUUCCCCGAAAGGCAGAGAGAGAGAGAGAGAGAGAGAGAGAGAGAGAGAGAGGAAAGCUCCUCUGCGUCGCACGAGGAUACCGGAAGAUGGAUCGCGUAUUAGAAAACAUGCCGGAACACUGAUCCCCGACCGCGGGAAUAAAGAAGGAAAGGUUUUCGCGCUCGGGUAGUACGACGUCUUCGUUUCGCCGCUCUAAUUAAUCUUCGGGACGUAACGAGCGGACCACCAGCCGCCUGUGGGAGCCUCCGUAGCGCACGACACCCCCGAGGAGGUACUGAUCCUGUGAAACUCCCAGCUGCAGGUGGCACGAGCACCGUGAGUACCGACGCGAGAGCCAGACGGUGAAAGACGUGAGAAGAUUCGACAUUCGAGAUGCCGUCUUAAUUAACAGAGCUUCGACUAACUAGAAUUCCCUUAAAUACCAAUUUCCUUAAAUACACCCGUUGCGGGUAGCUCGAUCAAAGCGGCGUCGAGCACGAGCCGCCCAGGGUUGAUGCCGACGUAAAUUAAAGACCAUCGACAUCGAUAACCUCGCUUAAGUGGUUUCAACCAGCGGCACUUUACGCUGGUGAGGAUCGUGGAAGGCGGGCGACGUGUCUUCGAUUACCGACCGGCUUUAGAUCUCUCGAGCGCCGGUGAAGAAGUCGAUAAGGGCGCUACUCGGUAAGGGGGCCUUCAAUCCUGUAAGGGCGGAUAGAAAAGCGGCACAGGGACGGGCGAAACCUCUAAAAGUCCUGUCUCCCUGAUCAAACUAUCGAAGCAAACCCCCGAGGCGGCUUCGAAAGUCAUCUCUUGGUCUCCGAAGAAUUUGCAACGGGGUGAGAAAAGAAGUACGUUUUGCGAGCGAUUAAAGAAUAGUUUGAUCGAGGAGUUCGUCGAGUAAUUGAUUUCUUGAUCGAUCGAAGUUGAAUGCCGGCAAAAAAAUUAACCUGCGGACAGUCGAGCGAGCAGCACAGCGGGGACAAACGUCGCGCUUCAAGAAAACGUUUUGGAAGAUUAAUUCUCGAAAGUGAACGAAAGAAUUUCGAACUAGACGGCAGAAGUUGAAUGAGUGGGUUAAAACGCGUUGGGACGCUAUGCUCGAAGACCGGCGAGCGCAUUAAGAACGGUUGGCUUUGCGGCGCGGAGAUAUUAAGUGGUGGGACGAGUGGCACACACAGUCGGACAAAGAGAGCAUUUCACUCGAAGAGCAAGAAGCCGGAAGACGAGAGGAAUAAGAAGCGCGCGCGCGGAGCAGCUGCGUCGGACGGAGUGUAUGGCAAUGAGACCGGAAGGUUAAUCUAAAAGGUUGGAUAGAACGAAGGUAGGGAGGACCCGUGGUAGCUAUCGCGACAGCGGAAAAAGUGAACCUUCGAGCCCGCUGGAUGUGAGAAAUUGGGGUGGGCUCGAGGAUGUGCGAAGACGAAUGCGCCGAAGAUAAGAAGAGCCGGUUCAAGAGGAAAGGCGAGCACUGAUCCCUGAACUCUGUUAUCCUAGUGAGAGAGGAGCAGAAGUGUUUCCACGUGUGCGGUGAUCAAAUCGAGUGCGUGGUCCCGGCUGAUCUUAUCAGUGAAAAACAUUGCCAGAACCCUCCCGGAUGCCAUAGAACGAUUAAGAUCUCACGGAAUAGUCUCCGAGUUUGAGAGAGAGAAUCUUCGAGAAAGUUUCGAGAAAUUAAGAAAUCAAUCCCGGUCAAGAAAUGCGUCUUGAAAUUAUCGAUUAAGAAUUAUGGUCGCGCUAAGCAAUUCUUUCGGGGAAGUUAACUAGAGACACGCAAUUCGAGACGGAGGAGCCACGAUCCCGUUACAUCCCGGCCAUCCUGCAACCCGGUCGAAGGAAGUGCUGCGGGUGAGCCGGUGGGUUAACGGUGAUGGCAUGAGGACAUUAGUAAGGACGCGCUGCGGGUCCAGCGAGGAGGAGGAUGAGGAUGGUGGUGGGCGUGAUGGUCCUUGGUCAGCUACUGACGAGGAUCUUGCUCGCGGCCCACGCAGGAGAUCGCCUCGCGGCAGCUCGCAGAAUUCUAAGGGACGUGCCACUGAUAGAUGGGCACAACGACCUACCCUGGAACAUACGGAAGUUUCUGAAGAACCAGCUACGGGAGUUCAGGUUUGAUGACCUAAGUGACAUUCACCCCUGGUCACGGAGCGCCUGGAGCCACACAGAUCUCAAGAGAUUGAGGCAGGGCAUGGUCGCGGCGCAGUUCUGGUCCGCGUACGUGCCCUGCUCGUCGCAGCAUCUCGACUCGGUGCAGCUGGCCCUGGAACAGAUUGAUCUUAUUCGCCGACUGGUCAACAAGCACUCGGACAGCAUGGUCCUCGUUACCACAGCGGAAGGUAUCGAGAGGGCGCAUAAAGAGGCUAGAUUAGCGAGCCUAAUAGGGGUGGAAGGGGGCCACGCUGUCGGAGCGAGCCUGGCGGUACUGAGGAUGCUGUACGAGCUGGGCGCCAGGUAUCUCACCCUCACGCACACGUGCAACACACCUUGGGCAGACUGCAGCACGGCGGAUGAACCCGGUCAAGUGCCUCAAAUCGGUGGUCUCUCGAAUUUCGGCAAGAGUGUCGUGCUGGAGAUGAAUCGACUUGGGAUGAUGGUGGACCUCUCUCAUGUCUCGGUGCCCACGAUGCUGGCCGCCAUGACGACGUCGAGGGCGCCGGUGAUUUUCAGUCACAGCAGCGCUCACGCUCUUUGCAAUUCCUCGCGAAAUGUGCCUGACCACGCGCUGCGACUUUUGGCGCAGACCGGUGGUAUAGUUAUGGUAUCCUUCUAUCCCCAUUUUAUCAGCUGUGGCGAAAAAUCAACGCUCGCGGAUGUGGCAGCGCACAUCAAUCACGUGCGGACGAUAGCCGGGGUGGAUCACGUUGGCAUCGGGGCUGGAUACGACGGGAUCAAUUUGACACCAUCCGGUCUGGAGGACGUCAGCAAGUACCCGGAGCUCUUCGCGGAAUUGCUAGCGCAUGGAUGGUCGGAGAAAGACAUCCAGAAGUUGGCUGGUCUAAAUCUUAUACGGGUGUUCAAGGCGGUGGAACAGAUUCGCGACAACCUGGCCGCGGAAGGUAUGGAGCCGCUGGAGGAGGAGAUUCCACAGGAGGACAUAAUCGGUCGCGAUUACUGCCGUUACAACAUAAAGCGCCUAAUGGCGCCUUAAGCUGUCGGAAUGCUCACGGCGAACGCCGCGAAAUAUAACUCACAAACUGUCGAGUGAUCGAAACAGAGAGAUAAGUACAGAGAGAGAAAGAAAGGGGGAAAGAGAGAGAGAUAGGGAAAUAGAAGGGUAGAGAGAAGCAAGAGCGGAAGGAAAAAGUUCACUGCCCCAGCGAGAAUAAAACUCAUCCUUUACAACUUUACCCCUAAACUCGCGACCCCUCCCAGAGACGACAGUAUCCGCUGCACAUACAGAUAUGUACAUGUUCUUUUUCCCUCUCCCUUUCUCUUUCUCUCAGUCUUUUUCUCUUUAUCUCUCUCUGUCUUUUUCGAUCCUUCUCGACGUUACCCACGAUUUUCAUCUUUGUACGUAAGUAGAUAGAUAAACUCGAUUUCCGCCAGGGAUCCCGGAACCAUAAGAUGCGAGUGUUCGCGAAGGAUAUCGAGACGUUCAGUAGAACAUCAGUACCGCGGUACUAGGGGCACGAUGGGAAUAAAAAUUGCAGUUCGAUUGACCAGAUGCGUCGCUAAGUUAUUCCUAGAGAUAAUAUUAAGAUCCAAAUGUUGCGAGUCUUUUUUACUUUAUUUCUGUCUUUCAGUCUGUAUUACUCGAUCCGUUUCACGCGUGUAAAAUUUUCUGCAUUAUAUGUAUAUAAUUAUCGAGUACUUGUUGUAUGAUAUGUAAUAUGUAUGUGUAAUUUAUGUUACACGUCAUACAUAAUCUUCCCUUAUUACAUAUUAGUAACAUCGGUGCAGCAUUUUACACGGUAAUUCCCGUUAAUAAAUAAUUUAACAGUGCCAGCUCGCUCAAAAAAAAAUUGCAAUGAAAUCAAUUAUAAUAAUUAUACUUAAUUGUUUCUAGAUUAAAUUACUGGAGAUUUAUACAGAGAUUAGGAUUUAAUUUGAAAAAUUCCAAUCGACCCGCUUCACAUUCGAAAAGAUUUUAAUAUUUAUUAACCGUGUCUAGUCUAAUCAAUGAUGAGUAAUAAUAAUGGUACACGGUGUAUUAAUGAAGCGACGGUCCAUUAAUUUGAAACUACCACGAGUAGUGUGCUAUUGUAGUGCUAUUGAUUACUGGAACGAGCUAUUGGCGGGCAUUGUACAAUUUAAUUACUUACCCCUAGAAGCAAAAUCAAAUGUAUACCGUGUGAUGAAAUACAUGCAAAAUUACGCUUAGUGCGCUCGAUAACACCAACACGAUCAAGCUUUAUACAGUAAUUCAAAUUAGUGUUCUUGCAUUGUGAAGCAUUCGCUCAUUUAAAUUAUUUGACUUAUUACCGUCUGUUUGCUUCAAACAGCGACGCUCCGCACAGUCGGAAUUGUACUUUGGAUAAAGUUCAAUGAAAAAGGAAGUACGUAGAGUUUUGUAACGUGAAAUUGAAAACUAUAACAUGCAAUUACAGUGUUGCGGUACUGAUACGUACACUCGUCAUGCGAUAGUCAAACGAGAAAGCGUGCCUCGCGUGCUUCGUUGGCGAAAGAGCCAAUUGGCCGUUAGUCGAGCCGUUAAUGCGGCUGAGAAGUGGCUGAAAGGCGAAGGGCGAAAUCUGAAAUUAGCACGACAACGAGGCGGAAACAUGCACCUUAUCACUGCGAUACGAAGACCAACGCGUUUGUAUAAACGUUUACCACAAUUUAGCCACGGGCAUAAUCGAUGUUAAAAAAAAAAAAAAAAUUUGUACUCAGCGAUUUCCUCGUCGAAGCCGGAACCAAAAACUGUCCUAGUCAAUAAUUAUGCUAUGUAUACAUCACGACCGAUUACUUACGACGAAACUGUCGAAUUAUUCGAGUACGAGUGAACGAUCGUUCAGAAUGUAAAACCGAGUGAGAGAGAGAGAGAGAGAGAGAGAGAGAGAGAGAGAGAGACGCGUGCAUGUGUGAAUGACAACUUGUACAUACGGUACCUGAAGUCGAAAAACAUAUUAUUCCUCCAGAACGUCAAGCCGGCCAUGUUGGAUCGGAGAACCAGGUCAUCGAGUGUCCUCGAUCCUUUUUAAUCUAGACGCAGAGCGCACACGAAGUAGCGUCGACGGGUAGCUAAAAAUUUACGUGUCUCGAUUGCAACACUCGCGGUAUUUCUUUUCUUUCUCUCCAUUUUAUGUUUUUCAUUUCAAAUCUGACCUCUCUUUCAACCUCGCCGGCCACGAUUCCAGAUGGUAGGCUUGACCAAUCGUGAUCAUCGGGAAGCUACGAAUGAGGCUAAUCGCGCUAAGCAACUCUCUAGCGACGUCGACCAAGUCGGCAGGUACGUUGCUCGAUAAAAUGUAAGCCUUUCCUACGAUUUUGCACGAUCAAAGCUGACGUAUUCGUACGUUGUCGCAAAUUGAACAAUGAAUUUUUUAAUUCUAUACCGUAAUUAUAUCGCACUGUCGAAAUACGAUUCCGACUAGUCGCAAGAUAUUUUUAUCUCGUGCGACUCCGCUCUCGCAUAAACUGUUUUGCACCAAAAUUUCAUCAUAACGGAGAGCUCGGUGAUUACAUCGGAGCCUCGAAUGAACGCAUCGAUUUCCCCUGUGCCACGACGAUACGGUCGUUAAUUCUCCAUUGCGUGGCAAAUUCUAUUUCAACACAAAUUGUUAAAAAAAAAAAAAAAUAGAAAAAAUGCGCCGGAAACGUAUUUGCAAGUUAUUUUUAUUCGAAAUAAAGAACAGAGAUUUAAUUAUGUUUUUACCGGGCAAUUACGCUUUACAGAGAAUGUGCGUGUAAAAGUGUGAAAUUUCGGAUUACAUUUAUUUCUAUUGUUACGUAAAGGCAACGCGAUACGAUCGAGAGUUAAUUGAACCAAUUCCUUGCGCGGAAUUUCGUUCGGCCGAUUUAACGAUCAUUUAUGUGCGAAUAGAACGGGAUCGGCAAAACGCGAGUCUCGUAAACUAAUAUCCUAUAAGAUUUCGAAAGUUACUGGUAUCUAAAAAUAAAUCUACGGCAAAUCGGACGCCGUCGUUGCAAAAGCGA